AUGAUUGAAUGUAUUAGUAGUGAUGUAGUGUUUGCUCCACUCAAGGCAGUUUAUUGCAACCAGAUUGAUCAACUUGAACAAAAAGAUGUAAAUAUGAUCAGCAAGGAGCACUUCAUUUUUUUAUAUAGCCCCGUAAAGGGGGGGGCGUUCAUGCUAAAGAAUAUCAAGAUUGGUUUCGCUACAAGUGAUUUGUUCCCGUUCAAUCCAGAUAGGGUGCUCAGAAGUAUGCCUGCCCCUUUAGCUGAACCAGCUAUGCCAAAAGCCGAUGAGGUGAAGGUAGCGUCUUGUUGGCAAGAUAUAGAACCGCAAACGCCUGUGACGCCAGUUUCAGCACAAGCCUUUAUUUCACUGCAGAACCUGAUUAUCCAACACGAUGCUCAUACGAUGAAUGAAACGAGCAAACAGAACCUGGCAAGGCACUUGCAGAAAUAUACUAAAGCUUUCCGAAAAUCCUCUGCUAAGAGCAUCCUGCAAAUUGACCAAAUUCAAUUUCUGACCACAAUUAACAACGAAGCUAAGGUUCGACGAUCGACGAGGUCGUUGGUGCUAGGAAAGGCGAAGGUUAUGAGCUAUGAGGACCUUGAGGAAGCACAAGCAAAGCAUGCUGUAAAAGAGUCUACCCAAGCAGCCAAAGGCAAGGAAAAACGCGGUCGGAAGUGCAAGGGUAAGCCAGAGGUAGGUGAAGAGGACAUAGAUACGGCGAAGCAUAGUCGGAAACACAAGAACGCUGCGCAAGAUCCGCCUGAGCCGGCCAAUAAGGUGAAGCGAGCAUCAGUGACAGUCUCAAUAGUACAGAUAAGCGGGAUACUAAUCGCGGAAGAUGAGAUUAUGCCAGAAACAUGGAGAGCCCCAGUGGCACGGAUGUAUUAG